GACAAACUUUCUGCUCGUCGUCCAGCAGCUCCAGCGGCUCCAGCAGCUCCAGCGGCAGAUGUAGAAACAUGGCUGGUAAACAGCUUGGAGACUGGUUGGUGAUUCAGGCCGGGCUGGUGCUGGCGGUGCUGCUGCCGGGCAGCGGCGGGGCGCUGAGCCCCGAGCGGAGCCUGGUGUGGGGUCCCGGGCUGGAGCCCGCCGCCGCGCUGCCGGUCCGCUACUUCUACAUCCAGGCGGUGGACUCGGCGGGAGACAACCUCACCGCCUCCCCGGGUAAAGAUGCGUUCAAAGUGAAGAUAAGCCCGCUGGACGAGAGCGAGUACAUCCGUAUCCACGUCCCCCCCCCUCUGGACCGGGGGGACGGCUCGUUCCUGCAGCGGUACCGGCUCUACGGUUCCGCCCAGCGGGGCCUGCAGGUCCAUGUGCUGUACCAGGAUGCUGCUGUUGCCGGGUCACCCUACAGCAUCCCAGGUCCGGUGUAUCAUGAGUAUUGUGAUUGUCCCGAGCCCGAUGCUUCGGUCUGGAAGACCGUCAUGCAGUGUCCCACUGAGGAGCCUCAGAUUCAGGCAGACUUCAAGUCUUUUCCCUCUGUGGACCUCCAGCAUAUCAGAGACGAAGUGCCUGGCAGGUUUUCCAACAGAGGAGGUCUCAUUCACUACUCCAUCCUCAAUAACCAGGUGUACCGGCGCACGCUGGGGAAAUACACCGACUUCAAGAUGUUUUCUGAUGAGAUACUGCUGUCUCUAACCAGGAAGGUCAGGGUGCCUGAUGUGGAGUUUUUCAUCAACGUGGGAGACUGGCCUCUGGAGACGCGAACGGAGGGUGCUGCUCCAAUCCUGUCGUGGUGCGGCUCCACGGAGACGCGGGACAUCGUCCUCCCCACGUAUGAGGUCACACACUCCACUCUGGAGACCAUGAGAGGUGUCACCAACGACCUGCUGUCUGUUCAGGGCAACACAGGGCCUCCGUGGGCUAAUAAAACGGAGCGGGCCUUUUUCCGUGGCCGGGACAGCCGCGAGGAGCGGCUUCACCUGGUGUCUCUGUCCAAGGAGAGCCCCGAGCUGCUGGACGCCGGCAUCACGGCCUGGUUCUUCUUCAGAGACAGGGAGAAGGAUGUGGGGAAAGCUCCGCUUGUCGGAUUCUUCGACUUCUUUAAGUACAAGUACCAGGUGAACGUGGACGGGACGGUGGCGGCGUAUCGCUUCCCGUACCUGAUGCUGGGGAACAGUCUGGUCCUGAAGCAGGACUCGCAGUACUACGAACACUUCUACAGCCGACUGACGGCGGGGAGUCACUACGUCUCCGUGAGGAGGAACAUGUCGGACCUCUUGGAGAAGAUCCAGUGGGCCAAAGCCAACGACGGCGAGGCGCAGGAGAUGGCCCGCGCCGGGCAGGCGGCGGCGCGGGAGCUGCUGCAGCCCAGCCGGCUGUACUGCUACUACUACGCAGUCCUGCGCCAGUACUCGGAGCGGCAGCUCGGACAGCCGGCGCUGCACGCCGACAUGGAGCUGGUCCCGCAGCCGGACGACUACACCGCCGCCUGCACGUGUGGACGUAAGACCGAGGAGACACCGACAGAUGUGAAGGAUGAACUAUGAUGACUUGUGCCUUUUUUUUUUUAUAUCGUUUUUUCCUGAAAACAUUCGUGACAUAAAAAUGAAAGCUACUGACGCUUGCGGGACAAUGUGAAGUCCAGUUUUAAAUCAACGUUACUGUUGCUUUUAUUUUAGAUACAUGGUUGUCGGGGGGUUUAAAUAAUGAACGUAACCUUCAUCUCUGUCUUCACUUCAGAUAUUUGUGUGAAGUUAAAGCGUAAAUCUUUGGUAGUUUACUUGAAAUAACUUUUUGUAAAACAUGGAACUGAUCCGGUUCGUAUGGCCUCGUAACCCCACCACCUCCCCAAAUACGUAGGUACAUACCGCUCUGACGUAAAUGUACUUUAGAAGCGAGGGAUGCAGAGUCCUGCUCCCUCGCAGGUCACGUCGAUCACAGCUUAAUGAAGGAGUCGUUAGUUUUACAUUUGAUUUGUUAACCGAUUAUCUGAAAACAUACUUGUUAGUAUUUACUAUGUAUUGAUGUAGUUGUAGGUGCCUCUGUCAGACCGACGUCCAGGUGAAACGCACCGACCGGAAAAGCAGGCAGCGAUCGCACGCAUGUAAUAAAGAUUAUGGUGCACGGCUGAAGAGGAAACAAGAGAAAACGGUUCCACUCUGUGCCACAAAGGGAAUUUUAUUGCUGAUGUUUGGAUCCAACCUGGACUUUUGUGAUGUCACAAGUUUGAGCAAAGGGUGAAACGACAACGCAUACGUCUGUACACACGUGUUGUGUCAGUGAAAGCCUCAGGAGUUUUAUUGAACCAGCUCCAUGUUACAGUACCAUUCAUGGCCACACGGCGGCUCGUAGAGCAAAAGCGACACUGACAUCACAGAGUGAAAGCGGACGAUCCGGAAUGUUUCACAAAUAGUUUUCUCCACUUAGAGGUGAACUUUGGUGGAGAUGGAGCUUAAAUAUUUCCGGAGAGUCGGCUUGAAUGGCCUUAACUCCGUCUCUGUCAAACUGAUGUGCUGCCCCCGUGUGGUCAGAAGUGGAAUGGCCUCAGAGAGUUGCUUUAAAAGUAGUUGCUGUAACUUUAUAGUUCAUCAUAAAGAUUUAUUUGGCUCUUUGAAGUAGAAUGAUCUUUAUGAAACAAGAAUACAGUAUAACAUAUUUUCAGUUUCAUACAGUUGGACAUUAGACAACAUUUUUCCACAUCUCAAAGGUUAGAUUCACUGGAAUAGGUCUAAAAUUACGUUUUUUUUCACUGCACUGAGGUCUUAUUUCUCCUAUUUUCCACAAUAUGAAAAUGCUUAACCAUGAGGGUAAGAUAUUUUCUGUCUGCUGUGCAUCAUUCAUGCAGCUGCACACCUCGCUUAACAAACAUCCUGUUUACUCACUGCAGUGUUUGAUUAACCCAACCAGACGACUGCACACGAGAACAGCAGUCUGUCCUGCACACAGUCAGUCCAUGCAGAGUAAAUAAGAAGUGUCGAAAUGUAGAACUUAAAUGUUCAAUGUUUUCUAAAAUGUGUGGUUGAAGCAACAGAAUUUAUCUCAUAAGUUUGCAAAAUAGUUGGGGUUUUUGUUUCAUGAGGGGAAGUGGGUGCCGUGUGUUGUGGCCUUGAUGAAAUGUCUGUGACAUGUUUUUGUGGUGAUGUCUCGAGGAUGCAGAUCAGCAGCUUCCUUUGAAACCUGCCUUUUACAGUUCUGUUCACAGCAGGUGGUUUGAUAGGAUUUCAGUCAUCAUUUCCUGCACCUCAAACAUGUGUUACAAACAUGUGUAAAAUGUUCCCUUCAGCAGUAACCUUCUGUUACUCUGUAAUGCAGGUGAAUCUUUAAUGUCCAGGGGAGCGAUUCCUUUAAUCUGUAGUGUUGGUGCCACGCUCAGACAUUUUACUCUUGUAACAUUUACUUUUCUGAUUUUAUCAGCACCAUGAAUGAUAGACAUGGAUGUUUCUUUUCUUUCUAAAGCUGGGAGUCUCUCCUGGUCUGUUUGUAUUUCCUGCUGUGGCUUAUCAUGAAAGAACAUUGUUAUAUAUUUUCUCUUCUGCUUAUUCUAAAGACCAGAAAGUAUCCGCCUUAAAGAAAAAAAAGAUGCUAAUGUUGCCAUGAGUUAACGUCUGUGUCAGAAUGUCCACUUCAGUGAUUAAAUAAUCAUCCAAAUGUUUAUUACAUGUUAUGGAAAUAUUUCCAAGUUUUUGAUAUAAGGCUGUGUUCUUCUUAUAAAAAUUACUUUUAUAUACAAACUCUUAAUAUGUACAACUGGUAAAUAAAGCAGUUUGAACGCCA